GUUUUCUAUCUAAGAAAACCCACCUAUAAAAUGUAAUCUUUUAGCCUAUUAUCAUUAUUUAAAUAAGUAUGUACAUGAUAUAAGAAUGACGACAUAAUAAUUUCAUUUUUGUAAUAUUUCUUCACUGUGGACAUUUUGGUGUCAUGUUAGUUACAUUUUCAAAGUGCAGCUACCUGUAAACGUCUCAUAUGUUAAUACUUGGGAAAUGUGUUAAUUUUGCCCUGAGUUUUGUCUUGUGGGUAAAAAUACAGCGACCUCAAAGCCACACCUACCUAACGAUCAGUAGUCUUGGAAUUUGAAAACCAAUCUUUGGAUUGUGUUCACAUUUUUUGAUUAUUUUUCUCAAAAAUAUCCAGUGGAGAAAAUGUUAUUGUUCUGUGGGGUUGAUACAAUCUUUUUAAAUCAGUCAAAAAAAUUAACUAAAAGUUCAAAUAGUGGCAUUUUAGUGACAAAAGCUGAGGAUGAUUGACCGAUCCCCCAACAACUCAGUCUCACUAUUUGAUUUUAACGAUACCAGAGACUCAAAAUGCUGCUGCAUCCAGAAAUAUUUCCUAAAAUAGUAAAUCUUCCAUAAAAAGUACAACAAGGACGCUUUACAUUAAGGUUUAGGUUUUAGAAUAAAAAGAAAAACAUCAAACCUUUGAGACACAGUUUUUUUACUUGAACUAGGCCAGUUGAGCCAUUUCCACAUUUAAGAUAAAAAAUAAAAAAAUCUGGAAAAAAUGAAAACAAAUAAAGCAAAUUAUUUGCCGCCUUAUGACAGAAAAUGACUAACAAAAUGUAAUUAAUGUCAGAAGAAGUGCUAAAUCAGUCUUAUUAAUUAGCUUUAUAUUGAAAAACAUUGCUCAUUUUUAUAUAAUUGUUGACUAAUUAUUAAGAGCUAAACCGCUAGUUCAGACAAAAUUAAACAGAAACAUAAAAUAAAACGUGACUCUCAAACUGUGUUAAAUGUGAGCCUGAACGCCUUGCAACCUACUUGCAACUUGAAUGCAUAACUAUGAAUGUUCAACAGCUGUUCAUCUGUCAUAUUGUUCAUGUAUGCCAGAUGUUCAGUGAUUCCUGUGCCUCUUGUGAUGUCAUCAACCCAGGUACACAAAAAGCAGAUUUAGCAGUUUUUGUCCUCUGUGUGCUUUUGUAAAUUAGUGUAUUUUCGUAAAAUUCUACAGUGGAAAUAGAUACUUUGUUACCUAGUUGAAUUUCUAUUAUCAUGUAUACAUUGUAUGAACAGUAAUGCAUUACCUUUAACAUGCUCGUUUGUUUCAAAGUAAACGAGGAUUGUUGUUUUUUGAGCGUCGUUCCGGUCCACACACCUUACCAGAUGGCGGUGCUAAUGCACCAAUAGUUGUUUACAAACCUCCAAAGAAAAACCUAAGAAGAAGAAAAAGGUGAGCCUGUAAGACAGUGCCGUGGGAGGAACAACUCUCCUUUAAUCAUUAGUUCCUCGCCUCCUUCCUGUUUCACCUCAGUUACUUUUUGAAGUUCAGACUCAUUCACCGGAAUGUGCCGAAGUGUAACUGUGAGGGAGUGAAGAAGAAAUACCUUCUUUUUUCGUAUAAAAUGGUUUUCUUUACAGGAGUUCUUGACUUGUGUGGGGAUAUUUUUCUGAGUUAGACCGUAUCUCCUCUGCGGGAUUUGCACAUAAAUAAAUAACGCCUGUCCUGCUGUAAUAGCGGUACUGAGGACCAUCACCAUGCCCGACGUGUCGAAGAUGAAGAAGCCCGACGUGAAGCUUGUGCUCCUGGGCGACAUGAAUGUGGGGAAGACGUCGCUGCUCCACACAUACAUGGAGAGGAAGUUCAAAGACACCAUCAGCACCGUCGGAGGAGCGUUUUUCCUCAAACAGUGGGGGCCAUACAACAUAUCAAUCUGGGACACAGCCGGUCGGGAGCAGUUUCAUGGUCUGGGCUCCAUGUACUGCCGAGGUGCAGCCGCCAUCAUCCUAACCUACGACGUCACUAACUGGCAGAGCCUCGCUGAGCUGGAGGAGCGCUUCCUGUCCCUGACUGACACCGCCAACCAUGACUGCAUCUAUGCCUUAGUGGGGAACAAGGCAGAUCUGACUGAUCCCAAAGCCCACCUUAGCCAGGAUUUGGAUGGACUCUCAGAGGACCGAACUGAGUGCGAGGAGGAGAGGACAGAACCACAGGUUUUAUCCGCCUGGCCCACUCCUCCCGCUUCCCCAACAUCCCUCUCCGGUUUGCUGCUUCACAAGCAGGUGGCGCGGGACGAUGCUCUGGCCCUUUACGGAAGAAUACUGCGAUACAAAGGCCGGGACGAAAAGAACAGCCUCCCGGCAGACAAGCUGUGUUUUGAGACGAGCGCCAAGACCGGGUACAACGUGGACAUCCUGUUUGAGACACUGUUCGAUUUGGUGCUGCCCUCCAUCCUGAGGAAGAGGCACGAGAACCAGGCGUCUCCGACCGUGGACCUAGAGGACUGCAGGGAGGUCAGCGGGACGCGGGUCAAAUCCAGCUGCUGUUAGCAAUCUGAGACAAACCAUCGAGGCUUCUACCUGCAGACUCAUUUUUAUCAAUCAGCAUGUUUGUCUGAGCACCAGGUCCACACUGAGAUGGUACUACUGGUCGUUUGCCUUGACAGUGACUUAACGACUAACAUAUUUCCCGAUGAUGUGAAGAAGUACAUGAGUGCAGAUCUAGUUUAUGUAAAGAGAUUUUGAUAGGAAGGGAAAUGCCACUUCCACUUUAACAACUCAGACUGCACUUACAUAACCCAAAGAUGUGCCUGUGGCCAAAAAACACACACCAAGAAAGAGAUGCCUCACUUACUGCUGUUUGUAAAUGUUUUACUACUGUCAUGCCAUUUAAUUAGUUACACCAAUCAUUAAUUUCACUGUUUAUUGUAGAACUUUGAUCACUCUUCACUUUAUUCAAAUUGUUUUUUUUACAAGUAUUGAUGCAGAUCUGUUUGUUUUAUUGCAAUUGUGUUAAAAAAAAUGUCAGUGUUGAAUUGUUUUUAAAAUAUACGGUCAUAAUAAAGAAUUUUAUUUUGA